CUUGUCAUGGCUUCACUGCCGAAGGAGUUUGAAGCUUUUGUUGUGAACUACAAUAUGUCACCUGGAACAUGGGACAUUGAAAAGACAAUAGCAAUGUGUGUCCAAGAAGAGGACAGACUCAAAGCCUCACAUGGUGGUACACUCAACUAUGUGCAGGGUCACAAGAGAAAGAAUUACAAUCAAAACAACAAAAGUUCUCCUUCAAAGCCACAAGGAAAAGCUUCCUAUCAGCAUCAGCGUCAGCAACAGCCUUUCUCAGUGGACAAAGACACUUGUCUCCACUGUAAGAAGACCGGGCAUUACAAGAAAGACUGUCCUGAUUGGCUAAAGUCAAUCAUGGCAAAAAGAGGGAUUCCAUUCGACGCGGACUACGCUAAGAAGCGAAAGACGCAUUGAAGUGGCGAAUGGAGUUGAAGCAGAAGUUGAAGCUGUCGGUGAUAUCUCCUUGGAGUUAGCUGAUGGAUUCAAUCUUCUACUUAGA